GAGAGUACAUGCUGACCUCACAGCCGAAAAAAACUAUUUAAAAGAUGUGGAAACCAGAUGUUUCAGCUGCAUUCCAGCCGCUGCUCUGAGAAUUUCUCGUGGGUAACCCCGACACUGUAAACGGCUCUGCAACUGAAGAUAUGUUCGUCCUCAUUUGCUUAUGCGUUUUGCUGUGGGAAGAGGUUCACGGAUGGGGAUACAAGAAUGGAAUCUUUCAUAACUCCAUAUGGCUUGAACAAGCAGCAGGUGUGUACCACCGAGAAGCUCGGGCUGGCAAAUACAAGCUCACCUAUGCAGAAGCCAAGACUGUAUGUGAAUUUGAAGGUGGCCGCCUCGCCACCUACAAGCAGCUAGAAGCAGCCAGAAAAAUUGGAUUUCAUGUCUGUGCUGCUGGAUGGAUGGCCAAGGGAAGAGUUGGAUACCCCAUAGUGAAACCCGGGCCCAACUGUGGAUUUGGGAAAACUGGUAUUAUCGAUUACGGAAUCCGGCUCAACAGGAGUGAGCGAUGGGAUGCCUAUUGCUACAACCCACAUGCAAAGGAGUGUGGCGGUGUCUUUACAGAUCCAAAGCGAAUUUUUAAGUCUCCAGGCUUCCCAAAUGAGUAUGAUGACAAUCAGGUCUGCUAUUGGCACAUUCGGCUCAAGUAUGGUCAGCGAAUUCACCUGAGCUUUUUGGACUUUGACCUUGAACACGACCCAGGCUGCCUGGCUGACUACGUAGAAAUAUAUGAUAGCUAUGAUGAUGUCCAUGGCUUUGUAGGAAGAUACUGUGGUGAUGAACUUCCUGAAGACAUCAUUAGCACAGGAAACGUCAUGACCUUGAAGUUUCUGAGUGAUGCAUCCGUCACAGCCGGAGGUUUCCAGAUUAAAUAUGUCACAGUGGAUUCUGCAUCCAAAUUCAACCAAACUAAAAUUACAAGUACUACUGGAAAUAAAAAAUUCUUAGCUGGAAGAUAUAGCCAUCUAUAAACUUUUUUUUUGGUUUUUUGAGACAGAGUUUCUCUGUGACUUUGGAGGCUGUCCUGGAACUAACUCUUGUAGACCAGGCUGGUCUCGAACUAUAGAGAUCCAUCUUCCUCUGCCUCCCUAGUGCUGGGAAUAAAGGUGUGGCCACCACCACCCGGCUAUCAUGAACAUUUUUAAAGAAAUGUUAAAAACAUACAGUAUUUAUGUUUGUAGCUUUUGGACCUCCUUUGUUCUCACUUUUGUAUUUUAUUAUUAACAUUUAUUUAUUAUUUUUCCAAAUGUGAAAGCAAUAUGUAAAUGUAGGAAAAGUUGGAAAAUACAGAAAACUUCAAAUGAGUAAAAAAACAUCUUAUAAUUCUACUCCAUAGAAAUAACUGGUGUUUAAGAUUUUUUAGUGUUUGUCUUGUAUUUGUUUUUCUACUUGUAGCAUAUGUGUAUAUAUGUGAUUAUAUGUAUUUGUAUUUGGGUUUUGGCAUUCUGCAUUAUGUUGACAUUACAGCUUGAGCAGUUCCUAAGAUCACUGAAUUUUCUAUAAAAUGGGACUUUGAGCAUCUGUAAAUAUCUCCUAAUACAAUCGUUUCCUGCUUUAUUUAAGCCAAACCUAUAUUAGGAUUUUAGAUUGUUUUCAUAAAUAUUGCUGUAAUAAAUACCCCUGGACAAAUA